AUGAUUAGAAAAAAAGAAUUCUUUACCCCUUUUUGUGCUAUUUCAUUUCUCCUUCUCUCUUUUUUUUCUUUUUCUCUUUCAUUUUACUUACUUGCGCAGCAGUUUAAGGGACUGUCAGACUCAUAUCUCUCUCUCUCUUUUUCUCUCUCUCUCUUUUUCUUUCUCUUUUUCUUUCUCUAUUUUUCUCUCUCUCUUUUUCUUUCUCUUUUUCUUUCUCUCCUUUUCUCUCUCUCUUUUUCUUUCUCUUUUUCUUUCUCUCUUUUUCUCUCUCUCUUUUCCUUUCUCUUUUUCUUUCUCUCUUUUUCUCUCUCUCUUUUUCUUUCUCUCUUUUUCUCUCUGUCUUUUUCUUUCUCUUUUUCUUUCUCUCUUUUUCUCUCUCUCUUUUUCUUUCUCUUUUUCUUUCUCUUUUUCUCUCUCUCUUUUUCUUUCUCUUUUUCUUUCUCUCUUUUUCUCUCUCUCUUUUCCUUUCUCUUUUUCUUUCUCUCUUUUCUCUCUCUCUUUUUCUUUCUCUUUUCUUUCUCUCUUUUCUCUCUCUCUUUUCCUUUCUCUUUUUUCUUUCUCUCUUUUCUCUCUCUCUUUUUCUUUCUCUUUUCUUUCUCUUUCUCUCUUUUCUCUCUCUUUUCUUUCUCUCUUUUCUCUCUCUCUUUUCCUUUUCUCUUUUCUUUCUCUUUUUUCUCUCUCUUUUUUCUUUCUCUUUUCUUUCUCUCUUUUUCUCUCUCUCUUUUUCUUUCUCUUUUUCUCUCUCUCUCUUUCUCUCUCUCUUUUUCUUUCUCUUUUUCUCUCUCUUUUUCUCUCUCUCUUUUUCUUUCUCUUUUUCUUUCUCUCUUUUUCUCUCUCUCUUUUUCUUUCUCUUUUUCUUUCUCUCUUUUUCUCUCUCUCUCUCAUUGCUCCGCUAUUUAUUUAUUUACUUUCAUCUUUCACAUUUUCCUUUCUUUGCUUCCAUCUGUAACUCUUCCUUUAUUCCUUUCAUGUCUCUCUCUCUCUCUCUCUCUAUUCUCAUUGCGUCCUUAUUUCUUUCCUUCUUUCUUUCUCCAAUAUCAUUUUGUUUGUUUGUUUCUUUCUUUUUUCCCCAUAUAUAUAUCUCACAUUUUUCUUUCUUUCUUUCGUUUCUCUAUCAUUUUCAUUCCUUCUUUCUUUCUCUUUUAUCUCUUUCCGUCUUUCACCUAUAUCACUUUUUUUAUUGUUUCGUUGUUUCUUUCUCUCAUAUAUGUAUUUUUCUUUCUUUCUUUUUCAUUUCUUUCUUUCUUUCUUUCGUUUAUCUUUUUCAUUUCUUUCUUUCUUUAUUCUAUAUUUUUCAUUUCUUUCUUUCUUUCUUUGUUUCUUUCUUUUGUCUCUCUAUCUUUUCAUUUCUUUCUUUCUUUUGUCUCUCUAUCUUUUUCAUUUCUUCUUUCUUUCUUUCUUUUUUCUUUCUUUCUUUCGUUUAUCCUUUUCUUUUCUUUUCUUUCUUUCUUUCUUUUGUCUCUCUAUCUUUUUCAUUUUUUCUUUCUUUUUUCUUUCUUUCUUUCUUUCUUUCUUUUGUCUCUUUUUCAUUUCUUCUUUCUUUCUUCUAUCUUUUUCAUUUCAUUUCUUUUUUUCUUUUUUAUCUCUUUCCUUCAUUCAUCCAUAUCACUUUUUUAUUGUUUCGUUCUUUCUUUCUCCUGUAGAUGUAGUCUUUCUUUCUUUCUUUCUUUCUUUCUUUCUUUCUUUUGUAUCUCUUUCUUUUCUUUCAUUGUUUCUUUUUUAUCUAUUUCCGUCUUUCAUCUAUAUCACUUUUUUAUUGUUUCGUUGUUUCUUUCUCUCAUAUAUGUAUUUUUCUUUCUUUCUUUCUUUUUCAUUUCUUUCUUUCUUUCUUUUUUCUUUCUUUCUUUCUUUCGUUUAUCUUUUUCUUUUCUUUCUUUCUUUCUUUCUUUCUUUCUUUCUUUUGUCUCUUUUUUAUUUCUUCUUUCUUUCUUCUAUCUUUUCAUUUUCUUUCUUUCUUUCUUUCUUUCUUUCUUUCUUUCUUUCUUUCUUUCUUUCUUUCUUCUCUACUACCCUCCAAAAAGGGUAGUGUAUAUUUCUUUAUUCUUUCUUUCUCCAUUAUAUUUCUUUUUCGUUACUUCUCUCUCUCUUUCUUUCUUUUUCUUCAAUCUAUAUCGCUCUCUUUUUCAUUGCUUCUUUCUUUCUUAUUUGCUAUCAUUUGUAUCUCUUUUUCUCUGUCUUUGCGUUCACCUUCCUUUCUUUCUCCCAUAUGUUUAUCUUUCUUUUUUCUUUCAUUACUACUCUUUCUUUCUUUCUUUCUUUCUUUCUUUCUUUCUUUCUUUCUUUCUUUCUUUCUUUAAUCUCUAUCUCUCUUUUUUCAUUGCUUCCGUCUUUCUUUCUUUCUUUGUGUCCCUUUUUUUUUCCUGCCUAAGUCUCUCUCGUCAUCUCUUUCUAAUUAAAUCUCACUCCCCGGCAUCACCCUAA